AUGUCGACCCUGAUACAGCGCUACACCGGCGCGCUGCUCGCUCUGAUCGCCGCUUUUGCUUUCACACUUAUGGACGCUUUGGCUCAGAACUGUAUGCGACAUGGGCUAAGUCCGGGCCAGGUGGCUUUCGGUAGAAUGUCGAUCACAGCGCCGCUUGUCACCCUGUACAUCUACCUUCGACAGCCCUCCUGCUUUCACCAGCUCGACCCCCGAAAGCACACAAGGCAGGAUGAUAUAAGCUCUUUGGACUCGGAUGACACCCUCUUCCUCCGCAAACCAGCCCUCGCCGCCCGCCUCAUUUGGCUACGGUCGAUACUGACCAGCAUUGGCGUAUGCCUCGCCUUUGCUUCGAUGCAGCGUAUCGCUAUCUCCGAGUUCAUCACGGUGUACAGUCCCCGUGCCUACCUUAUCGGCUUCUUGUGUUGGGCGGUAUUGAAGGAGGCAUUUGGCUGGAGAUUGCGGCUUGCAGCAGUCGCGUCUAGCAUCGCUGUAGUACUCGUCGUCCAACCGCCGUUGCUCUUUGGCGCCAGCGUAUAUGGGAAUCCCGCUAGCAGAGCUGCAGGGUUCUUCUUCUGCUUAGCUUGCUUACUUGUGGACACUUUGGAGAUGGUCUUGCUGCGGUAUCUGGGUGCCGGACCUGAUCCCCUCGUUAUAACUCUGUCUUACUCUGUUGCUUGUGUCUUCGUCAGUCCCUGCUUCAUGCUUCUCGUUGGCGAGGAGAUGGGAGAUAUCGACGGAUGGCAAACUUGUUUCAGGCUAUUUGCUUUGGCCGCACUGGGCUUGCUCGCUCAAAUGUGCGUUGUCAUAGCAAUGCAGAAGGAGACAGGCGGAACCGUCUCGGUCGUCCUCUACGCUCAGAUACCAUUUGCAGUGAUCGUCCAAUCUUUCCUCAUCGGCGAAGCACCUGGUGUCCUCCAGAUCUUUGGAAUGGCGAUCAUUGUCAGCUUCGGCGUGUGGGCAACCGUCGCCGAAUCCAACGAGCGCGAGCAAGCGAAGGAAGCGACUGGCGAGGAGGAGGGCUACGCGUUACUGCCAACGGAAAGCGAGGCACCGAUCGGCGUUCACGGUGAAGGAGAGGCGAAAUAA